AUGUUAGCUUCCGCCUCUAUAUCACGUUUAAUUGCCAGUUCUAUUGUAUCGUAUAACUUGUUGUUUAGAAAUACAUUUUGUAAAAUGGCCAACGACCAUACUAUCUAUCAAUUUACUGUUGAAGAUGCUGAUGGAAAGCUAGUUUCUUUAGAAAAAUACCGUGGUAAGGUUGUUAUCAUCGUUAAUGUUGCUUCACAAUGUGGCUUAACUGAUAGUAAUUAUAAACAAUUAAAGGAAAUGCUUGAUAAAUAUCAAAGCAGAGGAUUUGCUGUUGCUGCAUUCCCAUGUAAUCAAUUUGGUAAACAAGAACCAGGAUGUCCAAUUGAUAUUAAAGGAGAAAUGAAAGAAAAAUUUGGAAUUGAACCAGAUUUUUAUGGUAAAAUCGAUGUCAAUGGUAGCAAUGCAGCCCCACUUUACCAAUUUUUAAAAAAAGAAAAAGGUGGUACAUUGAUUGAUGCAAUCAAAUGGAAUUUCACCAAGUUCUUAAUAGACAGAGAAGGAAAAGUUGUUCAAAGAUAUGGUCCAACAACUGAACCUAAAACUUUUAUUAAAGAUGUUGAAGCUCUUUUGUAA